GGGGGGGCAGUAGAGUGCGUGUAUUCCGGUGCAGACAGCGAGAGAAGAAUGAACCGUAUUCGACGUUGCUGGAAAACAUACCGCAACUCCAGUGAAUAACCUGUUAUUGUUCGGACUCUACUGAAUAUAAGAGCCUUGUCAUCAUGUCCGGGGGUCCAGCAGUGAGGGUCAGCAUUGAGUCCUCUUGUGAAAAGCAGGUGCAGGAAGUGGCCCUGGAUGGGACAGAGACAUAUGUCCCCCCACUGUCCAUGUCCCAGAACUUGGCAAAGUUGGCACAAAGGAUUGACUUCAGCCAGGGAUCUGACUCAGAGGAGGAUGGGGUCGAGGGCGAACCCAGGGACCGUGAGUGGGGCAAGCAGGAGCCAGAAGAAGAAGAAGGCACAGUGAAGUUUCAGCCGUCUCUUUGGCCCUGGGACUCAGUGCGUAACAACCUGCGCAGUGCCCUGACAGAGAUGUGCGUACUCUAUGACGUACUUAGUGUGGUGAAGGAGAAGAAGUACAUGGCCUUAGACCCAGUGCCUCAGGAUCCAGCAGCCGGGAAGACCCCCCAGGUGUUCCAGCUGAUCAGUAAAAAGAAAUCACUGGCCACAGCAGCACAGCUCCUCCUGAAGGGAGCAGAGAAGCUCACUAAGUCAGUAGCAGAGAACCAGGAGAACAGGAGACAGAGGGACUUCAACUCUGAGCUGUUGCGACUUCGCUCACAGUGGAAACUACGCAAAGUAGGAGACAAGAUCCUGGGAGACCUCAGCUACCGGAGCGCAGGUUCUCUUUUUCCUCACCACGGCACAUUUGAGGUGAUCAAGAACACAGACAUUGAUCUGGACAAAAAAAUCCCAGAGGACUACUGUCCCCUUGAUGUCCAAAUCCCCAGUGAUUUGGAGGGAUCUGCUUAUAUCAAGGUGUCCAUCCAGAAACAAGCUCCAGACAUUGGUGAUCUAGGAACUGUCAGCCUGUUCAGGAGACCCCCAAAAACCAAACCUGGUACCCAGCCAUGGCAUGUGAAACUAGAGGCGGCUCAGAAUGUUUUGCUCUGUAAGGAGAUCUUCGCCCAGUUGUCCAGGGAAGCUGUCCAGAUUAAAUCCCAGAUCCCUCACAUUGUUGUGAAGAAUCAGAUCAUCUCUCAGCCCUUCCCAGGUCUGCAGCUGUCCAUCUCACUGUGCCACUCUACAGGGGAGAAGAAGAACCAUCGGGCGUCUCCAGAGAAACCCAAACCAGAUGAUCACCUUUACGUACUGGAACACAACUUGCAUCAAAUGAUGAGAGAGUUCCACAAGCAGCAGCUGAGCUCUGUGGUGAUGCCACAUCCUGCCAGUGCCCCCUUUGGCCACAAACGCCUGCGGCUUGCGGGGCCGCUGGCCUACGACAAGGCUGAGAUCUCCAGCUUGCAGCAGAAUGAGGGGCUGCUGGAGAAGAUCAUCAAACAGGCCAAACACAUCUUCCUACGGAGCAGGACGGCACGAACCAUCGACAGCCUGGCCAGUCGAAUCGAAGACCCCCAGAUCCAGGCUCACUGGUCCAAUAUCAACGACGUGUAUGAGUCCAGCGUCAAGGUGCUCAUCACGUCUCAGGGCUACGAGCAGAUCUGCAAGUCCAUCCAGCUGCAGCUGAACAUCGGUGUGGAGCAGAUCAGGGUGGUGCACAGAGACGGACGUGUCAUCACACUGUCACACCAGGAACAGGAGCUGCAGGACUUCCUUCUCUCACAGAUGUCGCAGCAUCAGGUGCAUGCAGUUCAGCAGCUGGCCAAAGUGAUGGGCUGGCAUGUCCUUAGCUUCAGUAACCAUGUAGGCCUGGGCCCAGUGGAGAGCAUUGGAAACGCCUCCGCUGUCACUGUUGCCUCUCCUAACGGAGAGUACGCCAUCUCAGUGCGUAAUGGCCCAGAGAGCGGGUGCAGAGUUUUGGUCCAGUUCCCUCGCAGCCAGACCAAAGAACUGCCGAAGAGCGACGUCAUCCAGGACGGCAAGUGGAGCCACCUCAGGGGGCCCAACAAAGAGGUCCACUGGAGCAGGAUGGAGGGACGAAACUUUGUCUACAAGAUGGAGCUCCUCAUGGCUGCACUGACUCCCUGUCCUUAGCUACAGCCUCUGUCCGCAGACGCCUUUGGAAGUGAACUGGACAACCGACAACUCCCACACACAAUCAGCCACAACAUGUGGAAAGGGGUAGAAACACUGAGGUUUUGCAGGCCACAGGCUCUUUUGUUAAUAAUGUGACUUUUCCUUCCUUUGUCCAACUCAUGGACUUUUUAAACAUUACCUUUAGUGCUGCCUGCUCUGUUUUUCAUAAUGUAAGGUGUCGAGCACAUGUACCAUGUACCUCAAACAGCCUGAUACAAAAUAAAAAGAAAAGUCUGUAGGUGUUUAUUAGUGUAAGAAUAAAGCUUUGAAUUCCA